AAGCACAUCAAAAUUUUAAAAUUCCAAAUCAUUCUCUUUGUUCCCAAACUGUUACCAGUGAAACGCGGAAUACAAGUGGUCGAACAAGUUUCACCAUCGUCGUUCACCGAAGACGUUACCCGGCCACCGUCAGGUUUCUCCUCUUCGGAUUGGUCACGAUUGUUUAGGAAAUAUUGAUUCUCAAAAUGGUGUUUCUUUCCACGUUGCCACCAAACUAUUCAGUUUUCUUUCACCGAGGUGCUCUUUUUUUGCCAUCAAAGUUUCCAUCCAGAGUUGCUUGUCACAGAGAUGUUUCUCUAACACCCCAAACGACUUUUAGCAUACAACGGAGAGAAAAAUAUGCAAACCAUAGUUGCAACAAAUUUUUUAUCCAUGCUGCAAGGAAUGAUCAUCAUAUAAGCUAUGAUGAUGGCUUGCCUGAAGAGCCCUUUUUGCUAUCAUUGAUCAAAGAUGCCAUAUGGGGGCUAAAAUAUUUAUUUGUAUUUUUGGCUGAACAACCUAGCCAGCUGAAAUACGUGGAGUGGCCAAGUUUUAGCAGUACGCUGAGGACAGCGAUUCUGACUCUUAUCUUGGUUGCGUUGCUUAUUGUUGCAUUAUCAUCUGUUGAUUCCGCUCUCUGCUAUCUUUUGGCACUAGCUCUUAGGAAAAAACCAUAACCUUGUGGUGUUGCCAAUGUUACCAUAAUAUAUAAGCGUUUGAUCUUAUGCUUGUAAUCUAUGUAGGGUCUAUCCUUAUUACCAUGUAAAUCUUAACUCCUAUUUUGAACUGGAAUGGAUUAUGUUAUUCAGGAACCUUUUAUUAAAGCCA